AAAUAUGGCUGUGUAAAAUGGCGCAUUUCCUCGUAUUUUAGUGCAGAGUUCAAUUGCAAAAGGAUUUGCUUGUGAUUUGCACCAGAUGACACACAGCCGCGCCGAUUCAAGAUCUUUGUCUUCUUGAUAAGAGCCAUCUGUGAUUUCAUUCAGGACACUAAGCAGAGCCAAAUUCUCAACACCUGUUAACAUUUCUCUCUCUUGAACAGCAACAAAGAGGGAAGGUUAAGAUGGGUUCUGUUUUCAGUUCAAAAAAGAACAGAGAGCAAAUUGAGAUGGCUCUUGCCAAAGCCAAGCAGAUCGUCAACUCCAACCCUGCUGUUGUUUUUAGUAAAACUUACUGUGGAUAUUGCAAGAGGGUUAAGCAGCUGUUUUCCCAGUUGAAUGCAACAUACAAAGUCAUCGAACUUGAUGAGGAGAGUGAUGGAGAUGAGAUUCAAAUGGCUCUAGCUGAGUGGACUGGGCAGAGAACUGUGCCAAACGUGUUCAUUGGUGGCAAACAUAUUGGUGGUUGUGACUCGGUCAUGGAAAAACAUAAUGAAGGAAAGCUCGUUCCCUUGCUAGCUGAUGCUGGUGCAAUCGCUAAACUAUCUGUUCAGUCGUAAAUUUAUGUGAAGAAGAAAGAAACUUAUGUGGAAAAUAAGUCGUAUUGAAAAAGUACUAUGCAUUUUAUAUUCAAUAAACAAUCUUGGUGGUCUAUGUUGUUAAUGUUUUCUGUACUCCAUUGGCUUGGCAUAACCUUU